GUUCCAGAAAGAUGUCAAAAGCAAAGCAUUUGCUGCGUCUUAUAAGGCGAACUAAUGACUGCUGCCCAAUGCACAGUCAGACAUAUGGACUGUCAAACAGUCACGUUAGGAAGGAGUACGCCUUAGAAAUGGCUUGCAGUUCGAUUCGAUAUGGACCAGGAGUUACUGAAGAAGUUGGUAUGGAUUUUGAAAAUAUGGGAGCUAAGAAAGUAGCUGUGAUCACUGAUAAAAACCUCGCUGUUUUGCCGCCAGUAAUUAAAGCAGUGGAAGCCCUUGAAAGAGCUGGAGUGCAAUUUGAAUUGUUUGACAAUGUCCGUGUUGAACCUACUGAUUCCAGUUUCAAAGAAUGCAUCGAAUUUGCUCGAAGACUUAACCCUGAUGCGUUUCUUGCGGUUGGAGGAGGUAGUGUGAUCGACACAGCCAAAGCAGCAAACCUUUACAAUGCUUACCCUGAGGCUGACUUCCUAGACUUUGUUAAUGCUCCUGUUGGACGUGGCCUCCCUGUCACAAGGACUUUGUCACCGCUGAUAGCAGUACCUACUACUGCGGGUACUGGUAGCGAGACUACGGGGGUUUCUGUGUUUGAUUACGAACCUCUCAAAGCCAAGACUGGAAUAGCAAACAGAGCAAUAAGACCGACACUGGGAAUAGUCGACCCAGAGAACAUCCUAACCAUGCCGGAGCGCGUUACAGCGUACAGUGGGUUUGAUGUGUUGUGUCACGCUAUAGAGAGUUACACUGCUCUACCCUACACUGACCGGCCCGGACCCGCUCCUACCAAUCCUAAAUUUAGACCUGCUUACCAGGGCAGUAACCCACUAAGCGACGUUUGGUCGCGACACGCCUGCUUCAUCACUGCUAAGUACUUUAAAAGAGCGGUAAAGGAUCCCGAGGACUACGAAGCUAGACAAAACAUGCACCUUGCUAGCGCUAUGGCAGGGGUAGGGUUUGGGAAUGCUGGAGUGCAUCUCUGUCAUGGGCUGUCUUACUCUAUCAGUGGACUAAACAGGAACUAUAGGGCUGAUAACUAUCCUUCGGAGAAGUUGAUCCCACACGGUCUGUCAGUGUGUAUUACAGCCCCGGCAGUAUUUGCAGCCACGGCAGACUCGUCUCCAGACAGACAUGCCGAGAUUGCUGAACUGCUCGGUGGGAAGCCUGUCAGGAAGGAGGAUGCGGGUAAAGCAUUGCCGGAUGUGCUCCGAGAAUACCUGCAUGAUCUAGAUGUCCCUGAUGGUCUAGGAGCUCUAGGAUACUCUGACGAUGACAUUCCCGGUCUUGUAGCGGGUGCUCUCCCCCAAAAGAGAGUGUUGUGUAUAUCUCCUAUUGAUGCUACUGCUGAGCCUAUAGCUGAGAUAUACGCUAACUCCAUGAAGAAUUACUAAUAACUCUGUCGGGUGGCUCUGAGUUCACACUAAAUGUCAGGAAGCUCUAAUCUGCACCUCUUGCAAAGCAAGUUCCUCAGUUGCAUCUUGUAAAGCGGGGGAGCUUCCUAGACACGUGUCAUAUAUCAACUGUAGAUCUGAGCCACCUGUAUCAUAAACAAUUUAAACAUAACAUAUAAAAUAUACCAUAUUUAUCUAUGGGAUUACUUAUUAAGUUAUUAGACAGUAUCGUUAUUAUUCCUUAAAAGCAUGUUGGAACUGUGAAGCAAAACCAUGCAUGGUAAUAUUUUAUAUUUCAUAUUAUUUAAUAUGAUUACUGAAUGAAUAUUAUUAUGAAGUAAGUAGUAAGAUUGAAUACCUAAUUACCUAAUACUCUAUUACGUUAAUGAAUUUUUAACAACUUUAACGCAAUGCAUUUGAGUUCAGAAUUUAUUUUGAUUUGUACGCAAAGUUUGUAAUACUUUUGAGAUUUACAGUUUUUUAACGUUGAUGUGGUUUUAUAUCCAGUUUUUUACUUUUGAAUUAAUUUUCAGAUUUAGUUUUCAGAUUUUCAUAGAUUUCAUAUUAUUUCCUUGCAAUUCCAUUCCACUUAUUAAAGUGUUAAAGUUGAUUUAUAUUUCAGCAGAUCAACAUUAAUAUUACGUAUUCGUACAUUUUUAGUAGUCAGAGAAAAUAUUUACAGUCAAA